CAGAAAGACAUUAGACAACAAAUUAGAAAGGGCAGAGUAGACGUGAGAAUCAGUAGAACUUAACUUAGUUUGACAGACAGAACAAAUUUCAAGAGAAGUAAAUAAGUAGAAGUGAAGUGAAGCUGAAUUCAUUCAGGAUGAAGAUCCUCCUCCUCGUCAUCAUCCUCUACCUGAUCUCAGGUCCAGCAGACUGCUCUGAUGUGAUUGGUUACUCAGGUGGAAGUGUCUUUGUGUACUCUGAUAUAAACUGGUACAAACACAAUAGUAAAUAUAUCUGCAAAGUAAAUGAAAAAGACUGCACUGAUAUAAUACGUGUUGACACCAAACGCCACCAAGUUCAAGAAGGAAGAUUCCUGUUGUAUGCAAACACAAACAAAUUCUUCUUAGUAUUGAUCAGAAAGCUGAAGCCACAAGAUGCUGGAAUGUAUAGGUUUGGACUGGGGGAUCAGAGCAACCUGACCAUGAACCUAAACAUUUAUAAUAAUACAUCUUCGGGGUUGCCAAAAAUAAUAAACGCUUAUCUUGGGCAGAAUAUUACCAUCACCUGUAACUAUCCAGGGAAGUAUGAGAGAAACACCAAAUUCGUCAACACAGUGGAUGAUGACAUUAUCAUUAAUCGAGUUCUGGAUACUAACACAAAAUUUCAGAACGGCAGAUUCUCCAUUUCUGAUGACAGAAGUGCUAAAGUUCUCAGUGUGAACAUCAGCGACGUGAGAAAAACUGAUGAAGUAUUUUAUUUAUUUGGUGUGUAUUGUGGAGACGGAUCAGUCAAAUAUAGCUCCUACUUUACAGAGGUGUGGCUACAUGUUACAGACACCGACCUGACGAACUCAACAGCACUGAUAGAAACUCCAUCUGCAGUGUGUUUCACUUCCUCUAUCAUCAUCAUCAUCAUCAUCAGUGUUUGUGUCUUUGAGACUCUGCUGCUGAUCGGAGGAUGUGGACUAAUGAUCUACAAAGUGAGACAGAAGAGAACACAAGAUAAUACAGCAUUCAAAAGUAAAGAGAAUAAACAACUUAUUCCUGAUUAUAACACAGAUUCAGCUUCUGUGUAUGAAAACAUCAAAAUGAGUGCAUUUUAAACUGCACCAGAGAAAGAAUCAGUCAGAACUUCCUGCUCGAGCUGCUGAACUCUGUUGUGCUUAAUGUUCUGUGCUGCAUCAUAGUGGCUCAAAUCUGUACUGUGUCUCUCUUCACUUCAUUAUGGUACUGUUAUCUACUGUGUGUGUGUGUGUGUGUGUGUGUGUGUGUGUGUGUGUGUGUGUGUGUGUGUGUGUGUGUGUGUGUGUGUCUGCCUUUGUUUUGUUAAAUAUAAAGUUAAUUGUGUGUACAGCGUUACUGAGCAAAAGUUUUAGACAGUGCUGAAUUAGAAUGCUUUUGAAAAUAUAUACUUUAAUUGUUUCAUUUUACCAAUCUACAAGAUGCAAAGUGAGCAAACAGAAGAAAAAUCUAAAUCAAAUCAGUAUUUGGUGUGAAUUCUCUACCAACAUUUCUUACACUUGUACAAAGUCAAGAUCAGAGUCAAGUGUAUGAUUGACCAAUUAUACCAAGCAUGUGCUAAUGAUCAUCAAAUUCAUAUGUAAGUACAGUACAGCUGUGUAGGGGCUUCAAUCUGAGUAAGGAACAGACAAACUCUGCUAAUAAGGUGAUGUUUUUGAAGACAGUUUCAUGUCGCAGGUCAUACACCAUGGCAAGACUGAGCACAGCAGCAAAGCAAACAGUUAGUUCUACUGCAUCAGCAAGGUCUCUCCCAGGCAAAGAUUUCAAAGCAGACUGUGGCUUCAUGAUGUGUUCAUCAAUUUGAGGAAACACAAAGAAACAGGCAAUGUUGAGGAUCAUAGACACAGCAGUCGGCCAAAUAAACUUAAUGCAAAGAUGAAAAUUCCAUGAUGUGGAAUGUCUGUCUGGAGAAUCAUGUACUGUCUGGAGAAGUCUGGCCAGAAGUGGUCUUCAUGGAAUUGCAGACAAAAAGCCAUGAACACAAGGAUAAAAGACUCAAGGAAACACGGCUAAAAGACUCAACUAUGCAUGAAAACAUAUGAAUUGGGGUGCAGAAAAAUAACAGCCAAUGCUCUAAACAGAUGAGGCAAAAUUAGAAAUAUUUGGCUGUAGCAGGAGGCUUUUUUUGCCUAAUAGUUGAAGAGCAGUACAAUAAUGAAGGCAACAGUAAAGCAUGGUGAAGGUUUCUGGCAAGUUUGUAGUAGCCUUUCUACAACUGGAUUUGGAGAUUAGUUCAAGAUUAAUCUGUCCUCAAUGCUGAGAAAUAGAUAGAUACUUAUCCAUCAUGCAGUAACAACAGGGAGGUAUCUGAUUGGCCCCAAACAUAUUCUGCAGCUGGACAACGACCCCAAACAUACACCAACGUUAUUAUGAACUAUCUUUAGUGUAGAGAAGAACAAGGAGUCCUGGAAAUGAUGGUUUGGCUCCGCACAGAGCCCUGAUCUCAACAUCAUUGAGUCUGUGUGGGAUUACAUGAAGAUACAGAUGGAUGUAAAGCAGCCUACAUCAACAGCAGAUCUGUGGUUAGUUCUCCAACAUGUUUGGAACAACACACCUGCUGAGUUCCUGCAAAUACUGUGUGUAAGUGUACCUAGAAGAAAUUAUGCUGUUUUGGAAGCAAAUGCUGGCCACACCAAAUACCUGUGUCAUGAAUCUGAUAACAAGAAAGAUAUAUAGUGAUGUCAUCUCAUUCACAUACAUCUUCAUAAUACUCAUUCACCUACAUUUUUGUUAUACGUUUUCAUUUGGUUAUUCUGUUGAUGCUUAAGAUGGACAGUCUAUAUAAUUAUGUACUGUAUAUCUGCUAAAUGUCAUUGAAAUUCUCUUUUUCUGUAUCUAUAAAUCUUUAUCGAUAAAAGCACACUGCUUACCUGUGCUUAUUUAAACACUGCAUUCAUUUUUCUCAGUGCUCUGAAGCUUAUUCUUUCUUAUUUGAAAAAAAUAAGAAACAAAAAUGAAAGAAAGAGCGAGUUAAAAAAAAAAACAGGAACAAAAACAACAAGGGGAAAAAACAGAAAUAAAGGAAAUAGAAUAGCAAGAAAAAAUGGAGAAGCAGGAGAAGAAACAUCAAAAUCUGAGCAAAGAAAGAGCUACUUAAAUAACACAAAAACGAGAGAAACAGUCCAUAAAAAAAUUAAAUAUAGUGAACAAAAAGAUCCAUUUAACAAAGAAAACCAUAUAUAUAAAAUCAUUUUAGAUGGCAUUCAUGCAGAUCUGGAUCACUUUUCUGCAACACAAUUGUGUAACAUUCCUUCUGCUGAAUAUAGCAUUGUGUGAAAAAGGAAAAGAAAGAAUUCUUACAGCAGAAAAAACAUUGGAUCAAAAAGUAGAAGUGAUGAUCAUUCUGUAUGUCUGGAUGUUCUGUAUAUUGACAUUGUCAAUUGUAAAAAGCGCUAUACAAAUAAACUUGAAUUGAACUGAA